AUUAUUACAGCUUGGAAUGGGUGGAACUGUAAUAAAAACACAGAAUUUACCCAGUCUCAUAUACAUGGUGGCCAGAAAUCCAGUGGGCCAUUUUCUUGCAUGGGAUUUUGUGAAGAAACAUUGGAAUGAGCUGGUAGAAAAGUUUCCACUGGGAUCAUUUGGAAUCCGAAAUAUAAUUGUAGGUACUGUAACUCAGUUCUCAUCCACUGAAGAGUUGAGAGAGGUUGAGGAUUUCUUCAAGUCCAUCACAGAGCAGGUAUCUCAGCUGCGUGUCAUACAGGUGGCCACAGAAAAUGUGGAGAAAAACAUUAUGUGGCUCACGAGGAAUCUAGAGACCAUGAGGACUUGGUUGCAGCAAAGACUCAACUAAAAUGCAAAAAGAAGACCAACAUUUCGCAUUAUACUAGUUUUUACUAGUAUAUUGAUCAGGAUCAGCUCAGAAACUCCACUUUACAAGUUUUCUACCGUUUGCAUUUUUCAGAUCGAUUAACUGCGCAUAUAAUGCAUGAUGUGUUUGCUUUUUUGGUUUACUUAGAUAAAGAGGUUUAGAAACAGCUAUGCCGUUUCAAACCUCUAAUGGUUUUGUCUUGGUGUUUUCUUUGCCUCUGAUUGGUCUCUUGACAGCUGUGCCACAUUUUCUAACUAAUGUUAAUAGGACUCUGCCUAUUAAUUAGGGGCAUAAAAUCAUACUUGAAGACUGAACAUUAAUGAACUGAAUAGGGUUUGGAAUAAAAAUAAAUAUUUUUUUAUAAGGGUUGAUGCAACUGAGUCUAGCCAAAAAACUAAAAUGUGUUCUUAUGAAACAUGACAAAGACAGAAAAUGUAUUAGAAUGAGGUAUGAAAAUAAAUUUACACUUUUGUUAAAA